GUAAAUCCAUGAAACCUGUGUAUGCAUUUUUUAUAUUGUGUGUAAUGGUUUAGUAUGUGUUGUAAAUAAAUACAUAAUCACACUUAUUUUUUUCAAUUUUUACAUUCAUGUUUUGAGCGGUUUUGGAUUAUUUUGAAAAGUCAUCGGAAGGAAGUAACGAGAUAUCCGCUCACUGACGUGACCAAAACAAAUAUGGCGUCUUCAGCGAAGAUAGUAAACAUUGUUAUUUUACCCCUUUUUCAUUUUUUUCUUAAUUCCAUCCGUCGAUUUUGCUAACUGUGUGUUUUAAGACUGACAAUAUUUAUCUAACCAGGUGUUUCUGGCUUUUAUUAGCAAAGAGCGAAAACGAAACACGGAAAACUAACGGAAGUGUCUGCUCUCGUUCGAAACAAAACAUCCGCUUCACUUUGAAACGCAUGUGUUCCGACGAAACACUGAACAAACAUGAACAUGUAGUGUAUUUCGUGAAACGAAUGAUGUUUUCCAGCUGCUGCUGAACUUACGUUCUGCUUAAGAUGUAACGUAUGAGGAUAUCAGGCGGAAAAUCAACAAUGAACUUGUGUACAACCUGGGAGGAGCAUCGAGAGAUAAACAGCUGAAGCUAAAGGACCAUGGGUUUGGUGAACUUUGUGGUAACCUCUGUGGGGAAAUGCCUGGAUGCUCUGUGUUUACUGUUGGACCUGAACUUUCUCCUCGUCCACACCGUGGUGCAGACCCUCCUGGCGGUUGUGGCUUUAAUUACCAACCUGCCCACCCUCCUCCUCCACUCCGUGCUGCAGGUGGGGAACUUCAUCCUACUGUCCAUUGUUCACAUAGCAGAGGCCGCAUCAAACCUGGCCCACAGCACAGUCACCCUGCUGGGAAGCCUGGUGCUGGCCCUGGAAGGGCUGCUGGAGAGCCUGAAGAUGGUGGGUUAUCUGUCCAUGCACGUGCUGCUACGAGGAAAGGAGCACCUGUAUCGGGGUUUGCUGUCAGUGCUGGAGGGCUGUAGCAUCGCUGUCAGCCUGGUGGUCUAUUUUACCAACACUGUGGUGAACUUUGCACUCAUUGCCAUGCAGAACUUUUACCUGUCAGUGGUGGGCGUGUGGCAGACGGUGUCCAGCCCGCUGCAAAAGGUUCUGGAAAUGACCCUGACCACCCUCACCUUCUUGUACAGCUGCCUGGCUGGUACAUCAGCUUUCCUGUGGUCUCCCUGCAAGCUGGUUUUGGAUUUUCUGUUUUCCCUUUUGCAUAUGUUCAUCUGCAUCUUCAUACUGAACAUCUAUGGCCUCCUGCUCACUAUCACCAUCGCCCUGAUGACCACCGCCUACCUAAACCCAAGACUGACCCAUCAGGCAGUUGUGCGCAUUGCGGAUUACCUGAACUCUUUUGCUUUUCUGCGCAGACUGUAUCUAACUCACAGACGGCUCGCUUUAGCCCUGCAGAGAACCUCACAUUAUCUACGCUACAACAUCCGACACCUGCAGAUGAUGCUCCACCAUUUCUUUCUAUUGGAGAGAAGAUUUUGGCAGCGGCUGUCUCAAAACCGAAGCCGACUGGGUCUGGUUCUGUGGACACAACUCCGCAGGGACAACGGAGACAGAGCAGGAGGUGAUGGAGACCCUGGAGAAGAGAGGCGGGGUCCACCAGAUGGGAGAGCGGGAGACAGAGCUUAUCCAGAGCUGCAGGAUUCAAUUCUUCCAUCAUCAAGCUCAGACGAGCCACUUAAGGAGUCUUCAGGCAGCGACAGUAAAAGCUUGCCAGCUGAAAACCUGCUCACUCUACUGAAGGAGCACGAGGAGAGGAAGAAGUGCGUGAUCUGUCAGGACUGCACUAAGACGGUGGUGCUGCUGCCCUGCAGACACCUCUGCUUGUGCAGAGACUGUACAAACAUCCUCCUCAGGCAGCCGAUCUACCAACAGAACUGUCCUCUCUGUCGUCACAUGAUCCUCGACACUAUGGACGUUUAUCUGUGAGGGACCAAAAUAAACUGAUCCAUUCAUCUGAAGACAACAAGAGCUCCACAACCUUUUUAUUAUUAUUAUUUUAUUUUAUUUUUUUGCCUUCUGGUCAAUCUCAUGUCAAGCCACUCUGUUGUUUUACGUUUCAGGGAUGCUCAGAAGUUUUUAUAAAUUUUUUUCAAAUCUAUAGGUUUCUGAAUACAGACAAAACUCAAAAAAUGUUUUGUUUAACCUUUAGAAUCUUUUGACAUAAAAAACACACCAAAUUUCUUUUAUAAAAAAUUAUUUUGAAUGGUCCAAGCUUUUGAGAGCUGCAGAUGAUAAUUAAAGAACAAAAAAUACAGUUUCCCUCAAAAUACUAAAGUAUGCGGGUCCUUCUGUACAUUGCACAUUAUGGUGUGUUGCUGUUUGUUGAACAAAGCAUCAUCGAUCUUUAAUGUAGAAAGAAGAAGGUAGAAAGGUAUUUUACCAAAUAAGCAAGGAGAUUAAUGAACCAAAUUCAAUCACUUCAGCUGUAAUCCUUUAAUACUCGUAAGUAAUUGUGGAAUAAUGGUUUCAUUCAGAAAUUCAUGUGUACAAAAAUUCAUAAUAUGUGUUCUCCGAUUCAUUUGAAAGUGUGUUUCCGUCACUUUCAAUGGCAACACACCAACUACAUACACAGGGAUGGGAUGAAACCCAUUCAAAAUAAAUAAUAUGCCAGGCAAAGUGAAGGAAUAUUAUAACAGAACACAUGGAAUCUUAUCUGUGUUGUGUUUUUGUGCAUCACUACAAAAUCCACACUCGGGCUGUGCUCACAUGCAACAACGUUCCUCUGGAAAGGUUUUAUUCCUUGCAUAGUUCAGUGUUGGAUUUAAGGUUCCAGGUUUACAGAAAGGCUUCAUACUGUUUUGGUGAAACUGCAGUUUUUCACACAAUCCCUUUCACAUUAGUGCUUUUUUCUGUAUUUUAUUGUUCUGCCAGCUCUGAUUUGCCUUCUGAACGAUCCCUUUAAAUAUUCUCAUUUUGCCACGCAGAGUCUCCGGUGUCGUAGACCUUGUAAUCUGUAAUCCCAGAUGCUCAUAUGUUUACAAAUGCUUGUGUCUUAUUCUACUUUGUGGUCAGUGAGCCAAGCUGUAACCGAACAGAGCAACACUGCAUUUGCUACACAAGCGUGUAAAUGCUGACCUCUUUGACCUUUACUUUUUCAGCUUGUUUUUUAGGCCUUUUCCAGUCUUCCACAUGACCAGUAUUGGUCAUCACCGCCAACGAAUAAUCCAUACAUGGUUUUCCCUUUCUUUUGACAUUCAAGUAAGCACAUUUCUGUUGUGGAAAAGGACCAAAAAGCUAAGAAUUGAUCACGCUUUUGGUGCUUUUUUUGUUGCUGAGCCGAGGUGUCGUUAUUGAUCACGUUUAGAGUUUACACAACAUUAUUCCAGUAUUAUUGAUUGUGGGUGCAGAAUUGUGAGAAGUGUCAUCUGACGUGUAUAUUUCCUUUUUUAAAAGCUAUUUGUGUGUGUAAUUGGAUGAAAUUUGAUUUGACAGUAGCUCCUGAGCACACCUGUGUGUGUCCAUAGCUGAUCACGCAGAAGCUCGUUUUCAUCGAGGUUGUAGACGACUGUUCGGGACUUAGGUCACUACAGUCCACUCCUCUCAGGUAUUUCUUGAACUUCAUUCCUUUCUAGCCACAGUGGAGGACUGCAAACAGCUCACAGGACUGUUACCUUUUGCUACCUGAAGUAUGAGUGAAAUGAUGUGAAUGUAAUGUCUGUAAAGAUGUGAUGGCUGCCGUGUAACUGGCAGGUGUGUUGUUCAUAAUAAAACAAGAAUCAAAGUA